AUUCUUCUAAAACUGUAGUUACUCUCAAAUUAUUACAAAGUACUUUUAAUCAACCAAAAGCAAUAUAUUUUAUUAAAAUGGAUGAUGACUUUGUGAGAAGUGAGUCAACGGAUAUGGCUCUCGUUGGUGUUGUGGACGGUUUUUGGACUAUUUCAACUCGUGAUUAUGCUGAUUCAUAUUCAAGUCCAGAAACAGCUCUCCUAAAACUCUCAAAUCCCGUCUUAAAUAUUUCAACAACUAUAAAUCAAUCUCAAUUUUUUUCUCAAUUUCUAUCUCAACUUGCCCAAAUUACUCCCGUCUCUUUAUCUCGACUUUCAAUUCCAUCCAAUUUUAAAAUUCCAUCGAAUAUCUCAAUUCAAGGUGGUUUGAUAAUACCUAUUUUAAUCGGAACAGAGACUAAUGGUGAAGUGAGAAGUGCAAAAGUAAUUAGUGAUUUAAACACUUUAGUCAGGAAUCAUGAUAUUUCACCAGUAGGAAUGAUGAAUUUAACAGCAGGAAUUGAUAAAAAUUAUGGUGUCCAAUGGAAUUUUACUUAUUCUGAAACUGCUAAUUUAUGGUUAUGGUGGAUUAGUUUUAUUAAUGUUUUUAUUGAAGAUUUGGGUCAACUUGUAGUUCAG